UGCAGCUAACACCAUAUCAACCUAUAACACAAAUAAAGCAAUUGUUUUAACAGUUUAAUAUGUUCUUCAUAUAGUACCUUCUUGAUGCGGCGACACAGCACACACAGCAUACUGUCAACAUAGGUAAUUGAAGAAGGCAAAGAAAAUUUUAAAAAAUGAAGGCAGUUGCUAAAGAACUGUUCCAAAAUAAGCCAUCUGCCAAAUUACAAAUGGAAAACGAGAAACUUUCAGGCCAAGGAACUGGGAAACGAAACCUUCGGAGGGUCAAGUACCAGUGGCCUAUGCUGCUCUCAAUGACUUUCAGCCACGUUGCCUCAUAUAUUAUUGAAUGUCAUCCAUGUAUUAUAUGAAUUGGGCUGGCUUUGCCCCGAAGACGCCACACAAUAUGAACGUGGUAAAAAGGAUCAUGGGCCAGCCGAAGCAGGAGGAGAGCGGCCCCCAAGACAAUGCUCUAGGCAUGAUGCACCUGCGCCGCCUCUCCUCUGAGCUGUGCCACCAGGCACGUCACAUGACCCAAAAGGAACAGGAGGAGAAGCUCUACAUGAUGCUGCCUGUCUUCAACCGAGUGUUUGGAAACACUCCUCCCAUGUCGGUGACGGAGGGCUUCCCCGAUCUCUUGCAGUUCACCACCCAGGUUUCACGACUGAUUGUGACCGAGAUCAGAAGAAGAGCAUCUAACAAGUCGACAGAGGAAGCCAGCCGAGCGAUCGCACACUUCCUCGAGGUGGAGCACAGCGAGGAGGCCAGUCGCGGAUGGAUGCUGCUUACGACCAUCAACCUGCUGGCCUCAUCCGGUCAGAAAACGGUGGACUGCAUGACGGCUAUGUCGGUGCCCUCCACCCUGGUGAAGUGUCUCUACCUGUUCUUCGACUUGCCGCGCUUGGCCGAGGAUGCCGAGCUGCCCCUGACUGAGCGCCGUGCCCUCCUGCAGGAGGUUUUUGUGCAGAUCCUGAUCAAGCUGUGCAGCUUUGCUUCACCUGCUGAGGAGCUGGCCCAGAAGGACGAUCUCCAGCUGCUCUUCAGUGCCAUCACCUCCUGGUGUCCGCCCCACAACCUGCCUUGGCGGCGGAGUGCCCGUGAGGUGCUUGCAACCAUCUCCUACCAUGGUCUGACUGCCAACGUCAUCAAGUACAUCCACGAGAAAGAAUGUUUGGCCACGUGCAUUCAGAAUAUGCAGCAGUCAGAUGACCUGUCACCCCUGGAGGUUGUGGAGAUGCUUGCAGGCCUGUGCUGCUUCCUGAAGGACUCCAGUGCCAAAUCCCAAACACUAUUGGAUGACUUUCGCUUGUGCCAAGGUUACUCCUUUCUCUGUGAUCUGAUGCUCAGGUUAGAGCAGAACGAUUCCAGAGAUGCUCUGAAUGACCUGGUCAACUUGGUUACCUCCCUGACAACCUAUGGAGUGAGUGAACUAAAGAUGUCCGGAAUCACCACUGCAGCUCCUUUCCUUCUCCCAGGAUUUGUGGUUCCCCAGCCCUCCGGAGUUGGUCACACAGUGAGGAAUGUCCAGGCCUUUUCUGUUCUUCAGAACGUCUUCCUGAAGGCUAAAACCAGUCACCUUGCUCUUAUUAUUUUGGAUGCCGUAGCUUCAGUUUACAUGGCUGAUAACGCCAACUACUUCAUCCUAGAAACUCAGCACACAUUGUCCAUGAUAAGUGAGAAGAUCUCCAGGAUUCCAGAGGUACAGCCCAAGUACUUUGAGCUGCUGGAGUUUGUGGUCUUCAAUCUGAACUAUGUCCCUUGCAAGGAGCUGUUUGGCCUGAGUGUAAUGCUCAAGGCCAGCAGCUCCUACCAGUGCAGCAUCAUGAUCAUGAAUACCCUGCUGAGGUUCAGCCGGCAUCACCCAGUCUUCGGUGAUGUCUUCCGGGAGGUGGGCCUCCUGGAGGUCAUGGUCAACCUGCUGCACAAGUAUGUUGCGUUCAUGAAAGAGCCCAUGCAGGUCCAAAGUGAGCAGGUCGACCUGAAGAGCAGCCGUGGGUCUGAAGAGCAGAAAGAGCUGGCCUUUCUGGUGAUGGAGACUCUUGCUGUGCUCCUGCAGGGGUCCAACACCAAUGCAGGUCUUUUCCGGGAGUUCGGAGGUGCCAGGUGUGUCCACAACAUCGUGAAGUACCGGCAGUGCCGCAAACAUGCUCUGUCCAUCAUCCAGCAGCUGGUGCUCUCUCCCAGCGGUGAGGACGACAUGGGCACUCUGCUGGGCCUCAUGCACUCGGCCUCCUCCACUGAGCUGCAGCUUAAAACCCACAUUCUUGAGGCCCUCUUGGCAGCCCUGAGAGAGAGCCAUCGCACCCGGAUGGUCUUCCGCAGGGUGGGUGGCUUCGUUUACAUCACAUCCCUCCUGGUGGCCAUGGAGGGGUCCCUCGCCUCUCCCCCCAAGGACUGCUGGGAAAAGGUGAGCCAGAGCCAGGUGCUGGAGCUGCUGCGGACGGCCUUGUGCACGCUGGUGGCGGCUAUGCGCUACGAGCCCGCCAGCUCUCACUACUUCCGAACAGAGGUGCGCUACGAGAAACUGGCGGAAGCUGUGAGGCUCCUAGGUUGCUUCUCGGAGUCCACAAAGACAGUGGUGGCCAGUGCGUUCCCUUCCAACGCCCAGCCGUUUCAGAGGAUGCUAGAAAGCGAUGUCCUCCCGGUGGAUUGCGUGGACCCUGCGCUCAGACACUGCGGCAGGCUCUUCAUAUACCUGUACAAGGUGGCCACCGACUCUUUCGACAGUCGUGCUGACCAGGUACCUCCCUGCCUGACACAUGAGGCUUCGCUUCCCUCCCCCUGGGGUACUCCAGCCAUGGCCAGGAAGAGAUCUGGCUGCCCCAUGGCGUCUGUGCCUGCAUCACCUCUUUCUGGGAGAGCUAAGACUGAGUCAAAGACCCAGCCAGGAGAGCCUCCUCUGCAUCUCUCAGACUCCAUGGUCAUUCACCCCGGGGCAUGUUUAGCCAUGCUGGACUUGCUUCCAUCUGUUACCUCCGAGGUUCAGCCUGAGCAUGCUGUAGACCUGCAGUUAGCUGUGGCAAACAUCCUGCUGCAGUGGGCACAGUCGGAGCGAAACCAGCAGACGCUCUGUGAGGCGGGUCUGCACCUGAGGCUGCUUCAGCGCUGCAGUUGUGCUCUGGCGGACGAAGCACACCCCCUGCACCCACCGCUUCAGAGGGUGUUUGAGAGGCUUGUUUCACAGGCCUCGCAGCCCGUGGUGCUCAGAGAGUUUCUGCGCUUGGGGAACCCACUAAACUGUGGCGCAUGGGACAAGAAGCUUCUAAAGCAGUAUCGAGUCCACAAACCAAACACUCUCAGUUACGAAGCAGAGACGGGAAACACCAUGACUAUGUCCAUGGAAGGUUUUGGUCCCGACAGUGACUUUGCUGGGACUGAAGACAACGGCCAGUACAGAAUCAGUCGGAGUCUGGUCCGUUCGGCCAAAGACAGCACCGUGCCUCUGGCCAGAGUCAAGAGCCUUGUCUCCAUGACAACACCUCACAACAUCAGGCAGCGUGGCUCAUCAAUCACUCCAGCCUUUGUGGAGUUUGACAUGUCUUUAGAAGGGUUUGGGUGUCUGUUCCUGCCGAGCGUGGCUCCUCACAACUUCCCUUCCAACAGCACGAAUGGCUCAGGUGCCAGCGAUGGGGCGGUGGUCAGUGGCCUGGGAUACGGAGAGCGUCUUUUCCCCCCUCCAUCGGGUCUCAGUUACUCUUGCUGGCUCUACGUGGACCGCUUCGGGGGCUCAACCCAUGAACACCCGGUUCGACUGUUGACGCUGGUGCGCAGGACCAGUUCCUCUGAGGAACACUAUGUGUGCCUGGCCAUCUCACUGUCCCCCAGGGAGCGCAUGAUCACCAUCUCCACGAGGGAGGAACUGCUGCUGAGCUGUGCAGAUGAUUUCAGGGAGGAGCCGUCCUUCUUCGAGGUCCUGCCCUGCUGUGCUCGUUUCCACGUCGCCGACCUCAUCGGUGAGGGACAUUGGCACCACCUGGUGUUGGUCAUGAGCAAAGGUAUGCUGAAGAACAGCUCGGCAGCGCUCUACAUUGACGGCCAGCUGGUCAGCACUGUCAAGCUCCAUUACAUCCACAGCAUACCAGGGGGCUCGGGCUCUGGACACACCCCUGUAGCCAGCACGGUAUAUGGCUAUGUGGGCACACCGCCCGCGCAGCGCCAGCUGUCCACGCUCGCCUGGCGCCUCGGACCCACCCACUUCCUGGAGGAGGUGCUGCCUGCCACAAGCGUGUCUGUCAUCUACGAGCUGGGCCCCAACUACGUGGGCAGUUUCCAGGCUGUGUACUUGCCCUGUAAAGAGUCAAAAGUGGAAGCUGGCAUCCCAUUCCCUGUGGCCCUUCUAACAGAAGAGAAGGUAUCUUUCAGCCUCUAUGCGCUGUCAGUCUCCACACUCACCAUGGCCAAGAUCAGAAAGGUCUACAACAAGCUGGACAGCAAGGCCAUCGCCAAGCAAUUGGCGGUGUCUUCCCACGAAAAUUCCACGCCUGUGAAGCUCCUGCACAAUGGGUCCGGCCACCUGAAUGGGCCAGCGCGCACCGUGGGUGCGGCAGUCAUUGGCUACCUGGGUGUUUGUGUUUUUGUGCCCAAGCCAGUGGCAACAAACCUACAGUAUAUUGGCGGUGCAGCCGCUAUCCUGGGCCUGGUUGCCAUGGCGUCAGAUGUGGAAGGACUGUAUGCAUCGGUCAAAACGCUGGUGUGCGUUGUCAAGAGCAACCCGCUAGCCAGCAAGGAGAUGGAGCGCAUCAGGGGAUACCAACUGUUGGCCAUUCUGCUGAAGAAGAAGCGCGCUCUGCUCAACAGUCACAUCCUCCACCUGACCUUCUCCCUGGUGGGCACCAUGGACAGCAGCCACGAGACCGCCAUCGUCCCCACCUCCACUGCUUUCCAGGAGCUGCUCUGUGACUUGGAGGUAUGGCUCCAUGCACCCCACGAGUUGCACCUGUCCCUGUUCGAGCACUUCAUCGAGCUCCUCACUGAAUCCAGCGAGGCCCCCCAGAACUGCAGGCUGCUGCGGGAGCUCCAGAUGGUUCCCAAGCUGCUGCUCACCCUGCGGGACCCCUCCCUGUCCCAGGCCUCCAUUGCAGCCAUCGGCAGUCUGCUCGGCCUGCUGCUGCAGGGCUUCCCCAGCGCCUGCGACCUGCUCAGGUUUGGCCAGUUACUUUCCUCCACAUUGCCCACGUAUGCGGUGUGUGAGAAAUUUGUUGUUAUGAAGGCCGAUGCAGAAGAAAAGAGUGACCAAGGAAUCAAGGACGAUGCGGGGGAUCUCUCUGCCAGUCUCAUCCUACUGAGAAACAGACUUUUGGACAUCUUACUGAAUCUGCUCUUUACCACCAAAGAAAAGUGCGCCGUUAAUACCCUGGCAUGCGAGGAAAUGGCACGGACGCUGGGUUUCGACUGGCUACUCGCGUUCGUGGAGGAGCACCUGCACCCGAGCACCGUGACGGCAGCCGCGCGGAUCCUGGUGACGCUGCUCAGCAGCCAGCCCCUUCUGGCCCGCUUCAGGGAGGGUCUGUGCGGAGGGGGCUGGCUGGACAACACUGAACCUGUGCUCACUGACAGGAUUGGCACUGUACUAGGCUUCAAUGUUGGCCGUGGUGCCGGAGGAAGGUGCGUCAUACGGGAGAUCAAUCGGGAGGCCUGCCAUUUCCCAGGGUUCCCUGUGCUUCAGACCUUGAUGCCAAAGCACAGUGAUGUGGCAGAGCUGCACUUCCUGCUGAUGGCACUAUUCUUGCAACAGCCGGUGGCAGAGCGUCCACGCAACCUGCACUGUGACUUGGACGCUGUGUGGACGUUCAUUUUUGGCAUUCCCGCAUCCAGCGGCUCCAUGGGGGACUGUCCAGGGGGCUCGGUUCACAGCGUGUGUACGGAGGCAGCCUUCCUGCUGCUGGCCAUGCUGCGUGGCCUCUUCAACCUGCCGUGGCAGGCAGAAGAGGAAGGCUCUUGGCUCCUGGAGUACCCCGCCACUCUCAUGCAGUUUCUCGGGCACUUCUACCACAAUCUGCCCGAACUGGCCUCCAUGUGGACCACCCCCGAGUUCCUGUGUGUGCUUGCAGCCACCGUCUUCCCUUUCAACAUUAGGCCCCACUCUGAAAUGGUGAGCGACCUUGAGAACGAGAGCAAUUCCCCAGCGGAGGAUUUAAAGGCCCUGUCAGCCGAGAAGGGCCUGAACCGCAGCCAGUCAGAGUACUGCAAUGUGGGCUCCAAGACCUACCUGACUGGCCACCCUGCCAGGAAGUGCAUCUUUGACUUCAUGAGGGUGCUGAUUAUGGACAACCUGUGCACGGUCCCUGCCAGCAAGCAGACGCCUGUCCUUGAUUUGCUGCUCGAGGCUUCCCCAGAGCGAGCCACUCAUUCCCAGCAGGCCGAGUUCCAGUCCUCCAUCUUGGACGGUGUAAUGGAACAGGUGCUGGGUGCAAAAGUCUUUUCAGAUGAAGAGGCCCAUCUCCCCCUCACCAGUGGAGGAAGCCACCAGGUCCUGGUCAACAAUGUCUUCUACUUUACCCAGCGUGUGGUGGAUAAACUGUGGCAAGGAACGUACACCCAGGAGCCCAAAGUGGUGGUGGAGUUCAUCAUGCAGCUUAUGGAACAUGUAUAUCAGACGCAAUACAAGAGGAGGUCCCAAGGCUCGACCUUGGACCUUCUCUACCAGUGUCUGAACAGGACCAUCCUCUACCAGCUUUCCCGACCACACAAGGCUGUCUUGCAGCAGGUGGCCCUGCUUGACACCCUACGCGUCUUGGUAGUCAACCACGAUCUGGUCCUGGGCCCUAGCAACCACGACCAGGAGUUCGUUGCCUGCCUAGCCUACUGCUUAAUCCGCCUGCAUGUGGGGAGCAGCGCUGAGGGAUUUGGCCUGGAGGCGGAAUCUCGUAUGACCGCUUGGCAUUUGGCCAUGCCAGUGGAGAUGGAGGCUGGUGCCAUACAUUCACAGGAUGUCAGUGAAGGACGUCAGCUUUUGAUGAAGGCGGUGAGCCGUGUGUGGGCUGAGCUCAUUCUCAGUAAGAGGCCGGUGCUCGAGGACAUCAUCAGAACAAGCCUGCCCGCCAACGAGCGUGGCCACGUGGACUUCGGCUCUGCCCAGGCAUUGCUGGAGGAACCAACUGCUCGGUGCUGGCAGAGCCACCUGGCUCUGGAGAAGAAGUGCAUCAGCCGGGGAGAGGCAGCUGCCCCCAUGGCAAAAUCCAAGCUGUCACGGGUCAGCAGUGGGCUGGGCCUGUCCAAGCUGACAGGGCAACGGCGCAGCAGGAAGGAGAGUUCACUUAGCAAGAACCACCUUUCUGCCCAGGACAUCUUUCAGUGGAUGUUUACCCACAUUUCAGUUGUUCAGGACUUGGUCGCAAUGCAGUACAAGGAGUAUCAAGAGCGGCAGCAGAACACUCUGAAAUACGUAACGGAGGAGUGGGCAGGCAUCGAGUACGAGCUUCUGCGAGAGAGGGGCCUGUGGGGCCCGCCCAUUGGCUCCCACCUGGACAAGUUCCUGCUGGAGAUGACGGAGGGCCCAUGCCGGAUGAGGAAGAAAAUGAUUCGCAAUGACAUGUUCUACAUCCACUACCCCUAUGUGCCAGACACGGAGCCUGAAGAGGACUCUCAGAAAGUGACUCGCUAUCGGAGGGCCAUCAGCUAUGACAGCAAGGAAUACUACAUGCGUGUGCUGUCGGGGACCCCGGGCAUGUACCAGCACUCCAUCGAUCAGAGCUCGGAGGGAGAGAUGAUUCAACAUGACCCUGCAUACGUGGAAGACACUAUCACUGAGGUCAAAGGUCUGGUGAAGCCCCCUCUCAAACGCACAUGCUCCAACAUGGAUGGUGCAGAGGACGACGGACAAGAGCAGGCAAUGGAUCAGCUGCUGGAGGCUGUAUCUGCAGGUGAAGAUGAGAAAGCCGACAGCACUGCUCUGCUACGCCUGCUGGAGGAGGGGGAGAAGAUCCAGCAUAUGUAUCGCUGUGCGCGGGUCCAAGGCCUGGACACCAGCGAGGGCCUGCUGCUCUUCGGAAUGGAGCACUUCUACGUGAUCGAUGGCUUUACCAUGACCACCACCCAUGAGAUCUGCGACAUUGAGACACUCUCUGCAGACACAUACGAGCCCAUCAUCCCCAGGGGAGCGCAUCAGGGCCAAAGCCAGCUGAGGAGAACCUGCAGCAUCUUUGCGUACGAGGACAUCAGGGAGGUGCACAAGCGCCGCUACCUGCUGCAGCCAAUGGCGGUAGAGGUGUUCUCUGGUGAUGGAAGGAACUACCUGCUGGCAUUCCAGAAAGGUGUCCGGAAUAAAGUCUAUCAGAGAUUCUUGGCGGUGGUUCCAUCGCUGGCUGACAGCUCUGAGUCUGUGUCUGGCCAGCGCCCCAGUACCAGUGUAGAGCAAGGCUCUGGUUUGCUAAGCAGUUUAGUCGGUGAGAAAUCUGUAACGCAGAGAUGGGAGCGAGGAGAGAUCAGUAACUUCCAGUACCUGAUGCACCUCAACACUUUGGCAGGCAGGUCUUACAAUGACCUAAUGCAGUACCCUGUUUUCCCGUGGGUCCUCGCUGACUACGAUUCCGAGGAACUGGAUCUCAGCAACCCCACAACAUUCCGUAACCUGGCCAAGCCGAUGGGAGCCCAGUCAGACGAAAGACUGAUCCAGUACACAAAGCGCUUCAAAGACUGGGAGGAUCCCAAUGGGGAAACUCCUGCGUACCACUACGGCACGCACUAUUCCUCAGCCAUGAUCGUGGCCUCCUAUCUGGUGAGAAUGGAGCCCUUCACCCAGAUCUUCUUGAGGCUGCAGGGAGGCCACUUUGAUCUGGCAGACAGGAUGUUCCACAGUGUCAAAGAGGCUUGGUUAUCUGCCUCCAAGCACAAUAUGGCUGAUGUGAAGGAGCUCAUCCCAGAAUUCUUCUACCUCCCAGAGUUCCUGCUGAACUCCAACAACUUUGACCUGGGCAGUAAACAGAAUGGUACCAAGCUCGGUGAUGUUCUCUUACCUCCAUGGGCAAAAGGUGAUCCAAGGGAAUUUAUUAGAGUUCAUCGAGAGGCCCUGGAGUGUGACUAUGUCAGCGCACACCUCCACGAGUGGAUAGACCUCAUAUUUGGCUACAAGCAGCAGGGCCCACCAGCAGUGGAGGCGGUCAACGUCUUCCACCCUCUGUUCUAUGAGGGCCAGGUGGACAUCUACAACAUUAAUGACCCGCUCAAGGAGACUGCUACCAUUGGCUUCAUCAACAACUUCGGGCAGAUCCCUAAGCAGCUGUUUAAGAAGCCUCACCCUGCAAAGCGUGUGCGUGGCAGACCCAAUGGAGACAGCGUGGGUGCGCCAACGUCCCUCGCAUCCGCAGCCGACAGGAUCUUCUUCCACCACCUGGACAGCCUGCGUCCUUCAUCAGUGCCUGUCAAAGAGCUGAAAGAACCGGUUGGCCAGAUUGUGUGCACAGAUAAGGGAGUCCUGGCAGUGGAGCAGAACAAGGUCCUGAUACCACCCACCUGGAGCAGGACCUUCGCCUGGGGCUACGCAGACCUCAGCUGCAGACUGGCCAACUAUGACUCCGACAAGGCAGUCGUCGUGUAUGAAAGCUUGUCCGAAUGGGGCCAGAUCCUGUGCGCCGUCAGCCCCAGCCCAAAACUGGUCAUCACAGCAGGAACAAGUACGGUGGUUUGUGUGUGGGAAAUGGGCACCUCCAAAGAACGGGCCAGGACCCUCGCUCUGAAACAGGCUCUGCUUGGUCACACGGACACCGUGACAUGUCUCACCGCUUCCUCGGCCUACCACACCAUUGUGAGCGGCUCGCGGGACCGUACCUGCAUCGUGUGGGACCUCAACAAGCUGUGUUUUGUCACCCAGCUGAGGGGCCACCGGGCCCCCGUGUCCGCCCUCUGCAUCAACGAGCUCACGGGAGAUAUUGUGUCUUGCGCAGGAACGCACAUCCAUGUGUGGAGUAUUAACGGCAGCCCCGUUGUCAGCAUCAACACCUUCACUGGUCGUAGUCAGCAGAUCCUGUGCUGCUGCGUGUCUGAGAUGAAUGAGUGGGACACGCGUAACGUCAUCGUCACCGGCCACUCAGACGGCGUAGUACGGUUCUGGAGGAUGGAGUUCCUACAGGUCCCUGAGACCCCAGGCAUGGAUUUCACAGACCCCACAGAUGCAGCAGACUGCUGUGGUGAAGAUAAAUUAGAAGGUCGAGAGGGAGAUGAUGUCGACAGCAGUGAAUCGGAGGAAGAGGACGAGUCUGUCAGGCAGGAGUCCACGCGCUUUCCAGCCAGCACCCAGGACGGAAAUAUAAUACACAAGAAUGAAGGUGGCGGCGGACAUCCCAAUGGGUCCUGGCUGACUGACAGUAAUUCAGAAAGCUCAUCAGACUGCAUGAAUGUGGACGAGAAGGAUGGGUCUGUGGAAAACUCCCAGCAGCCAGAUCUUUAUAGCAGAGGGAUUCAAACACUGCUUGCUGGCAACACAGAGUCAAGGCCUUACUACAAACUCAGGCCCGGCUACAGAUGGGAGCGUCAGUUGGUGUUCCGGAGCAAACUCACCAUGCACACAGCAUUCGACCGCAAGGACAACGCCAACCCUGCCGAAAUCACCGCACUCGCCAUGUCGAAAGACCACAGUAAGAUCUUGGUCGGUGACAGCUGUGGUCGGGUCUACAGCUGGACAGUGAGCGAUUUGGCCGGCCGCUCUGUUGGUGACCACUGGCUGAAGGAUGAUGGGCAGGAAAUCUGCUUCGGUUGCUCUGCACGCUCCUCCCCCACGGAGAGACGGCUCCGCUGCAGCAACUGCGGACAGCUGUUCUGUCAGAAAUGCUGUCAUUUUCACUCAGAGAUCAAGCAUCUGAAGAUUUCCUCUCCAGUUCGCAUUUGCCAGAACUGUUACGUCAGCUUUCUACACGAGAAUGGCUCUGAGGAAGGCUACAAAAGCUAGCCUCCCCUCCGCUGGAGGCCUGUUUGCUUGGAGAUGAAGAGGAAAUGCAGAGUUCAACAGCAUGGAAAACAAGCCUCCGCCGGAAGCCUAGCCAGCCUCCCAUUAAGUUUUCUGUAUUGAAAAUGAGCAAACCAGCAAACCAGGAUGAUUAAAAAUGGAACUGUUAAAAUAGCACAAAUAUUUAUUAUGUACUGGUGUCAAAUUAACUGACAUGUUUAGUAAUGCAAUAAUUUAUUUAUUUUAGUUUUUGUUUUUGUCCUUUUGCUGAAAAUGUCCAUAACAUUGAAAUCUGUAUGUAGAAUGUAAACAGUUUAUGGUCUGUAGAGGGAGGCUUCCAGUCAACAAAAGAAAAUGAUCUAUACAAGGCAGCAGGUGAGGCAGUGGUUAGAUCUGCCACCUUCUAAUCUGAAGGUCCCUGGUUUGUAUCUCCCUCCUACUGUCGUACCCUUGAUCAAGUUUUUACCACAGGAUUACUCUGGAAAGAAUAACCUGAUGAUUAAAUGGUGAAAAUAAUUAUAAAGCUAAUUUCUAAUAGUGUAAACUAUCUUGGACAGAAGUGUCAGCUAAAAGUUUAAUGGUAAUUUAUGGCUCUUUUGAAAACUUCUUAUGUAGAACUUAUCUUUUGUAACGACUGCAGUGCAUGAAAGUUUUUAUUUUGAAUGCUUGCCUAUUUCAGAUCAGUUUAUAUCCUGUUCGCAUGUGUGAUCAGUGAAUAUGUGUGGUAUGAAUACCUGCUGAAAGACAUAUCACGUUAACUAUUGUUUACCAAAAUGAAGCUUGUUCAAUGCACAAUGGGAAUGUAAUUCCACAAUUUGGAGGCAAACACUGCGUUACUUGCGUAAGAGGAAAGGAGCAAUUUUUCAUCGGUGGCAAUGACUAUGAUAGUUCAGAGACACUUCAGGUUUACAGAACAGUUGUGUAUUGUGAAAACAGCAUUAUCAUGACCUUUUCCUGUUUAAAGGCUCAGAAAGGGACUCUUCAUUUUUCUUUUGCUUAGUCAGAUUCUUUGCUAUACUGCAUAAUGUCAGAUGUUUAUUUUAUCUAAAGGUUUGGUGUGUUACGCACUUACGUCUAAUUUUGAAGCUUUUUAAAAAGUAAUGGAUUGUUACUUCUCCCGAGAGUUUGUGCCACUAUGAAAUAUCACUUCAAGAACAUACUGGGAAAAUAUGUUAAGUUGCAAAAAAUGAUAUGAGUACGAGCAUACUGUAUAUUUGCACUUUUCAUAUUGCUUUGCGCAAAGAAAUUGAGCAUUUCUGAACUUGAAAGAAUCUGGUUUCCAAGUUAAAAUCUUACCAUCUUUAAUUUAUCAAAACAAUAGCUGUCAUUGCUCACAGACCGUUGUACUGCGUCACAUUUUUACAUCAUAUACCUUCGUACCACGGUCUGUGGUCAGUGUCUGAAACCACUCGCUAAAUUUGAAAAGUUUUGUCCAAAAUGUAAGAAGCUACAAUGGUUUAAAAUGCGGUUUAAAUGUUUUUAUGAUUGUAAAUUCAGCAAGUUUUAUUACUUGUUAUGUACCUAUUAACACUGCUGACUUUCUGUGUCAGUUUAUUUUAUGUUUUACUUUAAUAUUGUUUUCGGUGUGUUUUAAGGCAUUAAUGAAACACCUUCAAGUCCUACAUUAACUGUAAGGUGAUAGCAGCCAUAAUGAAAUUGUAUUGAAAUAGUUCCCAGCACUUGGCAGAAUUUUGCACUAUAUCCUUAAGUUGUCUUCAAAUUUCUGACCUUGUGUUGACUGAAAAACAACAUUUUGUAUUGUGUAAUGUGUGAUAAUGGAAUGUUUAUUUAAUAUUUAUGCUCAACACAACUAUAAAGAAUAGCAGACUUACUCAGCAGAAAUGUUUCUCUUUGUUAAGUGCAAUAGUUCUGGUAUUUAGUCCUUUUGUUCAAAUUAAACCUCAUGCUGUUUAC